AUUUUCAGCCAUGGAAAUGGAGAUUUCACAUGAAACCAAUCAAGAUUCAUCAAACACAGGACAACCCCAUGAAUCUUUUUAUCUUGUAUUGCCUUAUCUUCCACUUUUCGAGCUUCUCGCCAUGGCUGAAGUCUGCAGAUCCUUCACAGAUGCGUUGAACGACGAUAUCUUGUCAUGGCUGAACAUCGUGGUGGACGAAAAGCAUCGAAAAAGAAGGAUUUCUGACGGAAUUUUGAUGAAGAUAACUUCGAAAGCAACGGGAAGGCUAAAUACUCUGGUUCUUAUCAACUGUACCAAGAUUACAGAUCAUGGGCUUCAAGAUGUCAUAGCCAUGAAUCCCAAUAUUAACAAGCUACAUGUACAACACUGCAUUGGCUUAACACCAGAAGGGAUUAUCGGAGCAGUAACGAUGUUAAACCUACACGAUGCCACCUUAACCAGCCUAAAGAUAAACGGUAUCUUCAACCUCACCAAAGAACACCUUCAAAGACUCCACUCGUUGCUAAAGCCGGACCAAAUAGAUGUUGGAAUUUGUCCAAAAUGUGACGAGGUGACGAUGGUGUAUGAUUGUCCUUUGGAAACGUGCGAGAGGAAGAGAACGAUGAGGGGUUGUCGAGGGUGUAAAUCGUGCGUUUCGAGAUGCGAAGAGUGCGGGAAAUGUGUCGGGUUUAACGAGGACGAAGAUAGCGAAGCAGCUUGUGAAGAUAAAUUGUGUGAAGAUUGUUGGAUUCAACUGCCAAAAUGUGGGUUCUGUAACAAGCCUUAUUGUACCAACCAUGCUUACAAGCAAUGUCUUCUUCCAAACUCCUCUGGUUUUGUAUGUGAGGCUUGUUAUUAUGGUAUUCAUCAAUAUCAAAUUUGAAAGAGUUGUCUUAAAGC